AUGGCAUACGACAACAACGUUGAUCUCUGUUCUCAUUUAUCACUUGCUAGGCGUCCUUGUAAUACAAUGGUAUGUACCCAUUUGUCACUUGGUAAGUGUCAUUGCAACACAAUCGAUGAAGAUGUGUCAGUUUCUUUAACCAAGAAGAGAAAGAUUUCUGAAGAAACCUCUGUUGCCGCAAGAAAGAAGGUUUGCGGAGAGAGAAGUUGGGGUUACUCAACCGAUUUGAUGUUUUGUGAUGAUCCCUGGAAGAUUAAGAAAGUCCUCAAUUGCAGUGAUCUUGGAAACAUGAGCAGGCUCUUGCUCCCUAAAGAUUUGGGUGAGAAUUUGGUGGUGCCGAUGUUGGAUGGUGAUGUUGAAAAAGGUGUUCAAGUUGAGAUUUGGGAUGUGGACAUGCACUGCCUCCACUCAUUCUUUAGUUUUCAAGAAAUGGGUUUCUUCUAG